CUUGCGCAUCACGGGUCGAUUUUCCCGGUGCGGAGUUCACUGUCGCCGCGGUCGCUGCGCUUGGGACCCGCGGCGCCCUGCAUCCUGGCGCAGAGCCCGAGGGGUGGCUGCGCGGAGCAGACCCGACGCAGUGCCACAGCACACGUUGCCCCCAGACGGUGGGCGAGCCCUGGGCGCUCCAGCUCCGGGCCGGGUCGGCGCCGCUUGCUCGCCCUCCCUGCCUCACCAGCACACGCCUGAGAUCCGAGGACCGACUCGCGAGCGCACCAGCCUGAGGUUUUAACACCGCGCUUCUCCGCUACCCAGGUGACCUUUGGGCUGUCGGCCGGAUCGCAGAAGAAUCUGGUGUCUGCGGGGGACGAUGCCUGAGCAGGAGAGACAGAUUACAGCGAGAGAAGGGGCCAGCCGGAAAAUCUUAUCUAAACUUUCUUUGCCUGCCCGUGACUGGGAACCAACAAUGAAGCAGAGUUUUGCCUUUGACAACGUUGGCUUCGAAGGUACUGUGGACAGCCUGUGCCCUUCUCCAGUGACCACCAGCGUGAUCCGGAUUUUGGGUAUGACUUGCCAGUCGUGUGUAAAAUCCAUUGAGGACAUGAUUUCCGGCUUGAAAGGUGUGGUAAGCAUUAAGGUUUCCCUGGAACAAGGCAGUGCAACUGUGCAAUAUGUGCCAUCAGUCAUAAACCUGCGACAGGUUUGCCAUCAAAUUGGGGACAUGGGCUUUGAAGCCAGCGUUGCAGAAGGAAAGGCUGCCUCCUGGCCCUCAAGGUCCUUGCCCACCCAGGAGGCUGUGGUCAAGCUCCGGGUGGAGGGCAUGACCUGCCAGUCCUGUGUCAGCUCCAUCGAAGGCAAGAUCCGGAAACUGCAAGGAGUAGUGAGAGUCAAAGUCUCGCUCAGCCACCAAGAGGCCAUCAUCACUUAUCAGCCUUAUCUUAUUCAACCCGAAGACCUCAGGGACCAUGUAAAUGACAUGGGAUUUGAAGCUGCCAUCAAGAACAAAGUGACUCCCUUAAGCUUGGGACCGAUUGAUAUUGGGCGGUUACAAAGCACUAACCCAAAGAGACCUUUAGCGUUUACUAACCAGAAUUUCAGUAAUUCUGAGACCUCGGGCCAGCAAGGAAGCCAUGUGGUCACCCUCCAACUGAGAAUAGGUGGAAUGCACUGUAAUUCUUGCGUCUUGAAUAUUGAAGGAAAUAUAGGCCAACUCCCAGGGGUUCAAAAUAUUCAAGUGUCCCUGGAGAACAGAACUGCCCAAGUACAGUAUGACCCUUCUCGUACGAGCCCAGUGUCUUUGCAGAGGGCCAUUGAGGCACUUCCACCCGGGAACUUUAAAGUUUCUCUUCCUGAUGGAGCAGAAGGGAGUGAGACAGAUCCUGGGUCUUCCAACUGUCUCUCCCCUGGCUCACCGCAGAGAAACCAGGUGCAGGGCACGUGCAGUACCACAGAGCUCGCUGUUGCUGGCAUGACCUGUGCAUCCUGUGUCCAGUCCAUCGAAGGCGUGAUCUCCCAACGGGAAGGGGUGCAGCAGGUAUCAGUCUCUUUGGCUGAGGGGACCGGAACAGUUCUUCAUGAUCCCUCUGUAAUUAGCUCAGAAGAACUCAGAGCUGCUAUAGAAGACAUGGGAUUUGAGGCUUCAGUCAUUUCUGCUGGAAACCAUUCUACCAACCCUGCUGGAAACCUCAGUGCUAGCAAUUCCAUGGUGCAAACUACAGGUGGCACACAUGUGUCUGUGCAUGAAGUGGCUCCCCAUGCCGGGGGUGCCCCUCAAAACCACGACCCCAGCCACUCACCAAAGUCCCUUCAGUCUCCCAGAACAGUGGCACCACAGAAAUGUUUUUUACAGAUCAAAGGCAUGACCUGUGCGUCCUGUGUGUCUAACAUUGAAAGGAAUCUGCAGAAAGAAGCUGGUGUUCUCUCCGUGUUGGUUGCCUUGAUGGCGGGAAAGGCAGAGGUCAAGUACAAUCCGGAAGUCAUCCAGCCGCUCCAGAUAGCUCAGCUCGUCACAGACCAGGGCUUUGAGGCAGCAGUCAUGGAGGACUACGCAGGCUCAGUUGGUGAGAUCGAGUUGAUUAUCACAGGGAUGACCUGUGCCUCCUGUGUCCACAACAUAGAGUCCAAGCUCACGAGGACAAAUGGCAUCACCUAUGCCUCUGUGGCCCUUGCCACCAGCAAAGCCCUUGUUAAAUUUGAUCCGGAAAUUAUCGGUCCACGGGAUAUUAUCAAAAUCAUUGAGGAAAUCGGCUUUCGUGCUUCCGUGGCCCAGAGAAACCCCAGCGCUCAUCACUUGGACCACAAGAUAGAAAUAAAGCAGUGGAGGAAGUCCUUCCUGAGCAGCCUGGUGUUUGGUAUUCCUGUUAUGGGUUUAAUGAUCUAUAUGCUAAUACCCAGCAACGAGCCACAUGAAUCUAUGGUCCUGGACCACAACAUCAUUCCAGGACUGUCCAUUCUAAAUCUCAUCUUCUUUAUCUUGUGUACCUUUGUCCAGCUCCUCGGUGGGUGGUACUUCUACGUUCAGGCCUACAAAUCUUUGAGACACAGGUCAGCCAACAUGGACGUGCUCAUCGUCCUGGCCACAAGCAUUGCCUACGCCUACUCUCUGGUCAUCCUGGUGGUUGCAGUGGCCGAGAAGGCUGAGAGGAGCCCUGUGACGUUCUUCGACACCCCCCCUAUGCUCUUCGUGUUCAUCGCCCUGGGGCGGUGGCUGGAGCACGUGGCAAAGAGCAAAACCUCAGAAGCCCUUGCCAAACUCAUGUCUCUCCAAGCCACAGAAGCCACCGUUGUGACCCUGGGUGAGGACAACUUAAUCAUCAGAGAGGAGCAAGUCCCCAUGGAGCUGGUGCAGCGGGGUGACAUCAUCAAGGUUGUCCCUGGGGGAAAGUUCCCAGUGGAUGGGAAAGUCCUGGAAGGCAAUACCAUGGCUGACGAGUCCCUCAUCACAGGUGAAGCCAUGCCAGUCACUAAGAAACCUGGAAGCACCGUGAUCGCUGGGUCUAUAAACGCACAUGGCUCUGUGCUCAUUAGAGCUACUCACGUGGGCAAUGACACCACUUUGGCUCAGAUUGUGAAGUUGGUGGAAGAGGCUCAGAUGUCAAAGGCACCCAUUCAGCAACUGGCUGACCGGUUUAGUGGAUAUUUUGUCCCAUUUAUCAUCGUCAUUUCAACUUUGACGUUGGUGGUAUGGAUUGUAAUCGGUUUUAUCGAUUUUGGUGUUGUUCAGAAAUACUUUCCUAGCCCCUACAAGAAUAUCUCCCAGACGGAGGUGGUCAUCCGGUUUGCCUUCCAGACGUCCAUCACGGUGCUGUGCAUCGCCUGCCCCUGCUCCCUGGGGCUGGCCACGCCCACGGCGGUCAUGGUGGGCACCGGCGUGGCCGCCCAGAACGGCAUCCUCAUCAAGGGAGGCAAGCCCCUGGAGAUGGCGCACAAGAUAAAGACUGUGAUGUUUGACAAAACUGGCACCAUUACCCAUGGCAUCCCCAGAGUCAUGCGGUUCCUCCUGCUUGUGGACAUGGCCACGCUGCCCCUCAGGAAGGUUCUGGCUGUGGUGGGGACUGCAGAGGCCAGCAGCGAACACCCCCUGGGUGUGGCAGUCACCAAAUACUGUAAGGAGGAACUCGGAACAGAGACCUUGGGAUACUGCACGGACUUCCAGGCGGUGCCAGGCUGUGGAAUCGGGUGCAAAGUCAGCAAUGUGGAAGGCAUCCUGGCCCACAGUGAGCGCCCACCGGGUGAACGGGUUGGCAGCCUUCCUGCAGAAAAAGAUGCAGCCCCCCAGACCUUCUCUGUGCUGAUUGGAAACCGCGAGUGGCUGAGGCGCAAUGGCUUAACCAUUCCCAGCGACGUCAGUGACGCGAUGACAGACCAUGAGAUGAAAGGGCAGACAGCCAUCCUGGUGGCCAUCGACGGCAUGCUCUGCGGGAUGAUCGCCAUCGCAGACGCUGUGAAGCAGGAGGCCGCCCUGGCUGUGCACACGCUGCAAAGCAUGGGUGUCGACGUGGUUCUGAUCACAGGGGACAACCGGAAGACAGCCAGAGCCAUUGCUACUCAGGUUGGCAUCAAAAAAGUCUUUGCAGAGGUGCUGCCUUCUCACAAGGUGGCCAAGGUCCAGGAGCUCCAGAAUGCAGGGAAGAAGGUCGCCAUGGUGGGAGAUGGGGUUAACGACUCCCCGGCCUUGGCCCAGGCGGACAUGGGUGUCGCCAUUGGCACAGGCACAGACGUUGCCAUCGAAGCGGCCGACGUCGUCCUCAUCAGGAACGAUCUACUUGACGUGGUGGCUAGCAUUCACCUUUCCAAGAGGACCGUCCGCAGAAUCCGAGUCAAUCUGGUCCUGGCGCUGAUUUAUAACCUGGUUGGGGUUCCCAUCGCAGCAGGUGUGUUCAUGCCCAUCGGCAUCGUGCUGCAGCCCUGGAUGGGCUCGGCGGCCAUGGCGGCCUCCUCUGUGUCUGUGGUGCUCUCUUCGCUGCAGCUCAAGUGCUAUAAGAAGCCCGACGCGGAGAGGUACGAGGCUCGGGCCCACGGCCGCAUGAAGCCCCUGACCGCGUCCCAGGUCAGUGUGUACAUUGGCAUGGAUGACCGGCGGCGAGACUCCCCCAGGGCCACACCGUGGGACCAGGUCAGCUACGUCAGCCAGGUGUCUCUGUCCUCCCUGAGUCCCGACAGGCCGUCUCGGCAUACCACUGCAGUGGACGACGGUGGGGACAAGUGGUCUCUGCUCCUGAAUGACAGGGACGAGGAGCAGUACAUCUAGAAGCCCUAGGCCCAGGGCAGGGCAGGGCUGUCUCUCUCCAGCGAAGCAGCCGGCCGACUCCUCCCGAAAGGGAGCUGGCAUCCAUCCAUUCGCUGCUUGAGCCGAGCAGGUGCAGCGCCAGUAGCCAGCAGCAGUGUGGGCAAAGCUUGCCCGGCCUUGGGGACUUCUACUUCCUGGAUGUUUCUGGUCAUCCCAACCUGCAGCACAUGGCGUGGCCUGUGGAGUCCUGCCCUGCCUGGGUCCGUCUGGUGCGGGGCGGGGCGUCAUGGCCUCACCACGGUGUUGGCGUGGGCUGCGUCAGAAGCCUUGCUUGGACUCUAGAAUACGAGAGGCAGGUCAGUGCUCACAGACCUCUGCUCACAGUAUUUGGGACGACUGCUUACCUAAUGAGGAACAGUCUCAGUGGGACUGAAAGCCUAGCUGGGCCUUUCCGGAGACCUCGUGCAGAACUCGCCGUCGGGCUCUUUCUGACCGUACCUAUGUGCAUCGUGUUUCUGAGACCACAGUUUACCUCAAGUGCACCUGGCAUAUUCUGCUGGCCCAAUCUCUUCCUUUUCUCCCCUCUGUGUGCUUGGCGUCCUAGAUGCUGGGGACCCCGCUCCCCAUGCCUGUCACCUCUGAGGACAGGCCCAUUGUCCCUGUGGCCCUGCAGACGCUGUGGCAUAUGCGUGCCCAGCCUGAAUCUGCCGCCUCACUCACACGCGGCCCACACAGCCCGCCGGGCAGCCCGCCACGCCCUGCUCCGGCUGAGGAGAGCUCUCUCUCGCUUAGGAGCCGCCUGCCCGUGGAGUUGGGGCUUCUCUUCCCAGAGCAGGUUGCUGCUGCCAGCUGAAGUGAGGGUCUUGGGGCCCGGCCUGAGGGUCCAAGCCUGGCUUCCUGUGGGGUCUAGGUGCUCACGACCAGGGCUCCUUCCGUGUCCCUGGGCAGCCUGUGGUGCUUGAAACAGGUGCCCUGUGGGGAGGUGUGCGUACGCAGGAGCCUCCCCGCAUGGUCCCAGGAGCUUCAUUUACGUGGUCUUCUGUCACCUCAUGGGGUCCAGCAGAGAAUUCAUGUCACUAGUGCCCUGGUGACUCAGAGAAGCAGUGCUGCCUGAGUAAGAGGAAGGCACGGCGCUCCCCCACCAGCCUGCCUUCUACACGCUGCGUAGGCACCUUAGGGAAGAGGUGGCCGCAGCUCCCCAGAGGGAGAGUCUGUUUUUACCUCUCGGUGGCUCUUUGUGAUUGUGUGACCUCAGAGGGGCAGGAACAGGCCCAGUUUUAGACUCUGAAGUCGUUGGCGAUUGACAGAACCACAAGGGACCAAGUACUAGAAUCAGAUUAAAUUCUAAAGUGAAGCCUUUGUCUCACACACAAAAUAAUUUUAGUUAUUUAUUGAGUGUCCAUUAUUUGCCAGGGGCAGUGUUAGUAGCACUUUUUUUAGGUCAUCUCUAAUCCUCCCACCAAACCAGCAAGGUAGCUAUUGUCUGUAUUUUACAGGCAAGGAAACAAGCUCAGAGAAGCUGAAUCUUGCCUGGGAUCACACAGCCAAUAUGUUAAUACAUGCCUAGUCUGUUGGCUCUGAAGGCUUUUCUCCAGUUCUGCUGCUGCUUUGAAUAUCAGUUUGCUUGAUAAGAAUAAACAAGGAAAAGGUCUUUGCCUCCUGGAAGGACACGUCAGCCAGGUGACGUAUUAGCUGUAUCCAGUUUAGAUUGCAGUUGAUUCCCGAGGUCAUCUCACCUUCACCUUGGAUGAUUAGUUUCAAUUUUUGCAUUUAAUGUAGUUUUUGCCGGGUUUUAUCUUUUAAAUCCAGCACAGGGUUUUGUCUCAUUUUCAUUGUUUUUAGUCUCUGCCUUGCCCCCCCCCCGACUGUCUAUCCCAAGUUGUGUCCUCUCUUUAUUGUUGCUCGGGGAAUGUGUCUUGUUUUCUAACGAGGCUAAUCAUUAUCUAAAUAAUUGUGUUGAUUUUUAAAACUUUUAGGACCAUAAACUCCAUGUUCAUAUAUGGACAUGAAAAUAUUUACGUAAUUUUACAGAAAAUAACCUUCUAGAUGUUCAAGAAUAAAGGAUUCGGUCAGGUAAUUCUUAAUUCAAAAACUUUCCGUGCAAUACUAGAAUAAAGUUUGUUUUAUUCCUCUAAAA